UUUCCAUUUUUCCCCACAGAUGCUUGAUGAACUUUAUGAAUAUGCAAAUAUGCCUGGUCAAUCAACUCCUGCCCAUUUAACACCUCCAGCUUCAUUACCCAUUUCUUCAACAACCCCUUCAUUACAACAACUCUUUCCUUGGCUUCCAACAUUCCCUACACUUCCACCCCCUCCACCACUCCCAACAUUAUUUCCAACACCUCCAACACCCCCAACAUUAUUCUCAACCUUUCCCCCAUCUUCAGCUUCGGGAGAAAGAGAUCCACCUCUAAUACCUGGAAAUUCAGUAGAAGUUGCUAAAGAUUUUGCUGAGGCAAACAAAUUAAUGCGUUCAUUUCUUAAAAUAAUGACUAAAAAUUCAAAAAAAGUAAUAAAAUAUUCAAUAUUAACCAAAAAAACGUAA